AUGUCCAUACUCCGAGGGACUAUACGUCCCCGCCCGCUCCAUUGGGCCUUUACCAGGCAUAACUCUCAGCUCGCUGCCAGGUUGGCUCCAAGCGCAAUCAGUGGCUCAGCGAGCCCUAUCAAACAGCUAUACGACUUGCGGGAGAUCGAUAAACUUACCACUUCCGUUGCUAAGUCUUCUCCCAGCAAUGUUAACCACCCCUCUCCCCUCGUCAUGCGAGCGCUGCCCGCUCCAUGGCUAUCCGCUUCUCAGCCCAACCUUGCUAGUCAAGGAUCAAAAGAUGACCUCGAAGUUGAUGCCAAGAGUGUAGAGGAGGCGCAAAAGUCUUUGGGGCCCAAGCAUAUGAGCGAAAGCUAUACUACUUUUGACUUGCCUUUGGCUAGCGAUGCGGGCCUGUAUGACCGCUAUGUGAAUACCUCGGGAGGUUUUAGAAUGGGCAAGCUGUUGGAACACCUCGACUCUCUGGCCGGUGCGGUCGCAUACCGCCAUGCCCUCCCUACCCCAACGAGCUCCUCCGCCCCCGCCUUCCACGAAGCAUCCGCCAAAGCCGGCCUUUACCUCGCCACAGCCAGCGCCGACAGAUUAGACAUGUUUGGCCGCCUGAACAAGGAGAAUGUGCGAGACCUCAACUUUUCUGGCUUUGUGACCUGGACAGGAAGCUCGAGUAUGGAGGUGGUAGUGAAGAUGGAGGGCUCGAAUACGGAUGGUAGCUGGGAGACACUCAUGCUGGGGCGAUUCGUGAUGGUCUGCAGGGAUUCCAAGACGCAUAAGGCUAGGAAGAUUCCGCCUUUGGCUGUGGACAGAGACGAGGAGAAGAUUCUGUGGGCCAUUGGCGACGAGCAUCAGAAGAGGAGAAAGACGACCGCUCUGAACGCCCUGGACAAGGUUCCUCCAUCAUCAAAGGAAGCCGGAGAUCUCCACGAGCUUAUGUUGAAGGUGCAAGAGGCCAAGGAUGGCAAGAUUGACGGCCAAGAAAUUGUACAGAUGAAAGACACAGAAAUUGAGACCGUGCAGCUUAUGCACCCUCAAGAUCGUAAUCUUCACGGCAAGGUCUUUGGUGGUAUCUUGAUGCGCCUUGCUUUCGAGCUCUGUUUCACCAACGCCUCGCUUUUCGCCCAAGGCCCACUCCGCUUCUUGGCCCUAGACCAGAUCACUUUCAAGCUGCCCGUCCCCAUCGGAGCCGUCUUGAGACUCACGUCCAAGAUCGUCAACACCACUCAGCCUCACGAAGGCGCUGACGGAGAGGCAAAGGUGCAUAUAGUAGUCAAGGCCGAAGUCGAGGAGGUCGAAACUGGGAUCCGACGGGAAACCAACACAUUCUUCUUCACCAUGGCCAAGGGUGGGAGAGAACCUAUUGGAAAGAUGGUUGUCCCUUCUACAUACCAAGAGACCAUGUACUACUUGGAAGGGAAGAGAAGGUUGCAGUUGGGUGACGAGAUGAGGAAGCUGUAUCUUGGAGAGAGGGCUGGAGCAGUCGGAGACGCAUAUUAA